CUUUCCCCCCAGCCCCAGCCCCCUGGCCUACUCCACACUCACUUCAUGGACACUGGGAACUAUCCUUUGCCGUGCCUUUACCCACAGUACAGGUGUGGGAAUCCCACAUGAAAUACUUCAAGCAACGAUGCCAGCCAUCAACAUAGAAGAUCUGAGUGAGAAGGAUAAACUGAAAAUGGAAAUAGAACAGCUCCGGAAAGAAGUCAGGUUGGAAAGGCAACCUGUGAGUACUCCCCUUGUGAAAAUCAAAAAUUACAUUGAGGAAAGAUCUGGAGAAGACCCACUGGUGAAAGAUCCUGAAGAUAGAAAUCCUUUUAAGAAAGGCGGCUGCGUUAUUGCUUAA